AUGGGUGGGCCCGAAAGAGAAGAAGCCGUCCCCUCAACUUCGUCGUUGUACACCCUUUACUCUCUGAAGCCUCCAUUCAAAACAGCACCAUGCCUCCUAAGUUAUACUGGUGCCAAGUGCCUCAUUGCAAGGCAAGCUAUCAGCGAAAAGAACACCUUCGUCGCCACGAGGCGCAACAUACCCAACAACACCUUCGACAAUGUCCAGCUUGUACCCAGGAGUUCAAGCGGAGCGAUACGUUACGGCGACACAUGCAAAACAUACAUGGAAUGA